AUGUUGUCCAUGCUCUCUAUAGGUCAGGUUAACUUGUUUAGGAAAGGAAGUGUGUUAUAUCUUCAAAAGACUCAGCUGGGGUGGGUGAUCGUUGGUGGUAUUGAUACCGAUAAGAUUUCCAAGGUGUCGUGUCAUCUGUCUCAGUUGGAAAAGCAGCUGGUUCGAUUUUGGUCUUUGGAGGAAUGCUCUAGUCCGAUUGAGCAGGCUGACGACAGCUUAGAAUGCGAGAGAUGGUAUGACGACACCACUGUUCGGCUGUCUGACGGGCGUUACAUGGUGAGAUUGCCAUUUCGAAAGAAGGACCCGGAACUAGGGGACUCGAGGGCGCAAGCUCUCAAGCGGUUCCGGGGAUUGGAACGGCGAUGCAACCGUGUACCCGGCAUGAUGGAAGAAUUCAGUCGUUUUUUUCAGGAAUAUCUCGAUUUAGAUCACAUGUCUGUGGUAGUCUCCGAGAAUGACUCGGAAUAUCAUCUUCCAUUUUUGAUAGUCGUAAAGAUCUUAAGCCUUACUACCAAGUUUCGAGUCGUUUUCGACGCAUCCGCUAAGUCGUCAUUAGGUGUUUCUUUGAACAAUUUGCUGCAAUACGUAGGGCCUACGAUUCAGGAUAAACUUUACGUUCAUCUAGUAAGGUUUCGAUCACAUAGAUAUGUGCUAAUCGGCGACAUAGAAAAGAUGUAUCGUCAGAUACUUAUCCAUCCCGAUGAUCGCCGAUACCAACGUAUCUUCUGGUAUCGUGACGGUAAACUACAGGUUUACUAG